UCGCGCCCAACGCUCCUAAAUAUGUUUGCUGGCGUUUCGCUCACUUGUUCCUUUUUUAAUCUGUCGUGAGGAGCUAGAGAAAAAUGUCACCAUGGUGGAUGUGGCGCACGCAUUCAGCGAAGAUAUCAAUGCAGCACAGCAGCCGCUCCAAAGUGGUGGAGACGCCGAUGUCUCCGCUGACAUUCAGCUAGAAGAUGUGAAGCCUUGUCCCGAAACAAGGCCGAGCAAAAAUGUGUCGCGCAAGGCAAAAAAGCGGUCACUGUGGUCAUACCUGCACGGGGAGGUGCGACGUGGCUAUCAGCUGGAGGAGCAGCGUUACGAGAAGCGUCGAGCGAAGUUCUAUGCCUUCUUCCGCAUCCCUCGAGAGUUGGAGCGCUUUGUGGGCUACGGAUUCCUUCAAUGUGCAGAUGCUUUCCUGUCUGUGCUGACACUGCUGCCGGUGCGCUUUGCGCUGGCAGCUGGCCUGCUCGGGGCGCGGCUGGUAGGUCGACGACGCCUGCAGCCAGCUGAGUCAUGCGACCUGCUCAAGGGCCUUGUGCUACUGGGCACCUGGCUGUUGGCUGCCCAGGUGGAUACGUCCAUGCUGUACCACAUCGUCAAGAGCCAGUCUGUCAUCAAGUUGUACAUCUUUUUCAACAUGCUUGAGGUGGCAGACAAGCUGUUUUCAUCCUUUGGCCAGGACAUCCUGGAUGCCCUGCUGUGGACAGCCACAGAACCAGAGCCACGGCGGGCGCGACGGCGCCUGGGGCUGUUGGCACAUUUGGCCCUAGCCCUGGCCUAUGUUUUGCUCCACUGCCUGUUAGUGAUGCUUCAGGCUACCACCCUGAGUGUCGCAAUAAACUCGCAGAACAAGGCCCUGCUGACCAUCAUGAUGUCCAACAACUUUGUGGAGCUCAAGGGCAUGGUGUUCAAGAAGUUUGCCAAGAACAACCUGUUCCAGAUGGCGUGCAGCGAUGUCCGCGAGCGGUUUCACUACGUGGUGCUGCUGUUGGUGGUCAUUGUGCAGACCAUGCGGGAGUACAGCUGGCGGCAGGAGCAGCUCUGGAGCCUGCUGGCCGACUGCCUGCUGGUGCUGCUCGCUGAGGUGCUGGUGGACUGGGUCAAGCACGCCUUUGUCACACGCUUCAAUGCAAUCUCUUGGCAGGUGGGUGCACAUUAAAGGGCCUCUCACUAGG